AUUGAAUUUCGUAAUUUGAAAGUUAGCAAUUUGGCGAAUUUCAGUCCGAAAUUGAAACUAAAUUGUAAUUGCUGUGUUAGAAUUUGAGUUGGAGUUGGAUCACUAGAAGAAAGAUAUCAACGGGAUUUGGUGGUCAGCAGCGGAAUUGAUGAAAAGUUAGCUAGCUUAAUUAGGAAAUGACCUUGAUGAUUCAACCCUGUGCUGCAGCCUGCAUCUUAGUUAGUAAAACAACCCAACUAUAGUUCAAUCCUUUUAACUAUCUGUCAAGUGGCUUGUGUGUUACACAAGUAGUCAUAUAGGAAGGAGAAGAAUGAUAUCCAUAUGACCAUAUACAGUUUCUGACCCCUUUGGUUGGAAACAUUGUUCUUAUUUUGUAUUGCUUUCUCGUUUUCAAAUGUUUAUCUUGUCAUUUUGAGUACCUGAAAGCUUUUUGGUCUAAUCUGAUGGGCGUAUAUAUCAUUCCUUUUGCAUCUUUUACAAACUUAAGUUGAACCAUCUCUAGCAAAUUAGCUUGUUUGUUUGGAUCUUUUAACGCUUGUUUUAUGUUAAGUUUGUUUAAGCAUAAAGCAUUUUUACGAGAUAGUCAUUAUUAGAGAGUCUAAAAAAUUUUGGAUAGAGUGAAAACACUGAUUUGUCAAUCUACCAGGAAUUAGGUGUUGACAAAAGUAUCAUCAGCAGGGAAUUUAUUGUCAUAAGUGCUGGAUCCUAACAUGGCAACCUACAACGUGCAGAUGUUUCUGGCGCAGGUGGUUUUGUGCGGGACAUGAAUUUACAAAUGUCAUAUCAUUAUGGCAUUUAUAACCAUCGUGCACUUAAAAUCAUGAAGACAAAUUACCCUACUUCUGCCUACCAUGUUUCCAGUAUUCAAUUAUUCAUAGCUCUCCAAUCGUUUUAUCCUUUCGGCGCUUGCUUUUCUUGGGCAGGGAUGAUAAUCAAAGCUGCAGCACCACACCGUAUAGUUGAUGUAUAUAACCACCACUCGAGGAUGUAUUUAACAUAACCAUUCAAAAGGUAAUAUUAACAGAGUGAUACUACAAGUUAGUUUCAUGCUUGAUGCAAUAUAUUCACUAUAAUUUUUCUUUUCUUUAUUUUAUUUUGAAAGCUAAGCCCGAAAAAAUAAAAGAAAAAGGUUCUCUUGUGGAAAUCAGAACCCUUGGCCUUGAGUACCGGAUUCUCAUUCUAAUUACAUACUAAUAUACAUUGCUUUAACGUAACGAUUAAAGUAUAACAAGAAAAAAAGAAAAAAACUUUUCCUCCAUUAAUCAUAACUUAACAAUAAACUCAUACUAUCAAUUACCAAUAAUAAUAAAUGAAGGCUAAAGUUUCACAUGCAGUUGGCUGAUUCUUAAAGUUGUAGACUUAAACAAACACUUUUGCAGUAUUUCAAACGAAAAAGGAAAGUAUGCUCUUUUCUUCUUCUUUUGGAUGAGCACUUUACAGAGACAAACUUAUCUCUGAAGCUCAAAGUCUUAAAAAUGUAACAAUUUAUGUCCAAAUUAUACACUUUCUUAUUGGUCCACUUGACCAUUCUAAUCCAUCACUAAAAAUAUUAACUAAUGUGAUUUUGACACAGCAAUGCUACCAUAUUCUUUUACCAUCAAUGCUACCACCACUAAGUUCUAUAUUUUCCCAUCAUACAAUCAUCAUCGUUGUCAUGCACUGCACACACCUCAAUUAAACUACUCCACUUCUUCCACUCGGUGAUGAGUCUCCCUGAGAUCCUGCAGAGAAUUAUUAUAAAAGAAUAAGAAUAUGAAACUUCAAUCUAAAGUAAAGACUCACACAUAGCUCCUCCAAAAAGCAGCCAAAGAGAAAUGUCUACGAGAGAACAAGAUUUAAAAUAAUAAAAUAGAGACAAAGUGAAGAGCUUUGGUGGCUUCUUCCAUUUGAGGAUUCUUGUGCAGUUGUGGUAGCUGGUUCCUCUGUCAACAUCAAUACUUGACUGUAUCAUAGAAUUUAUCGGGGAAGUUUUGAGGUAGAUAAGAAAAAAAGGUUUCAAUGGAAACUGAGUCAAGCUCAGAAUUCUUCGGCAGGGGAAAGAUUAUGAAGGGUGGGAAUGGCAAGAGGAAUGGUCCAAGUAGCGGCAUCAAAGUUGAGCCCUUUGUGCCAAGAAGUGAGCACAAUCCAAAGGAGUUAAGAUCAUGGGCAAAGAGAACUGGCUUUGUAUCUGUAUCUGAUUACUCAGGGGAAGCUGGGACUAGUGCCAGUGAAAAAUUUGAUAGUGUUGGAUUUGAUGUGGAGAAUGGUGUUGUUGAUGAUCAUAAAGGAGAAGGGUCCUCUCCCAAGAUUGAGAUUGAUCCGGUUCUUGGGCUGGCAAGGCCUGUUAGGGACAGUGAUGAGAUUGAACCAGAUUCUGGUUCGAAUUCAAUGCAUGGAGCCAUGAAGAGUGACAAGGGGAGAGUUCUGAGGCCAAAGGAUGCUAAUGGAUGGGAUGGAACUUUGAGGAGCCAAAAUAGGAAGAGGAGAAAUGGGGAUGAGCCUGUUUUGGCUUCGGUUUCAGCUGCUGCUGUUGAUGAUGGGAAGAAAGUUGAGUUAAGAGGGGAUGGUGAUGCUAAUGCUAAUGCUAAUGGGAUGGUGAAUAUGAAUUGGGAUAGAAAUGGCCAUGGAGCCUCUUCGGUUGCUCUGGUGGCGGAUCAAAAGGAGGAGGAGGAUGGUGUAGCUGAUGGAGAUGUUAAGGUUAAUUUGUAUCCUGAGGGUGAGGAACAUUCCGUUCUAGGGUGGCAGGAACCAUCAGAGUUGAAGUAUGGUGUCACAGAAAACCCGGGUCUAGUAUCUCUUAUAUAUUACACCCUGCAGCACUACUUAUCAUUGGCUGGCUCACUAGUAUUAAUCCCAUUAAUCAUGGUACCAACAAUGGGUGGAUCAGAUAAGGAUACUGCUAAUGUGAUUUCUACGGUGCUGUUUCUUUCUGGCAUCACAACAAUUUUGCAUUCCUACUUUGGUACCAGAUUGCCUCUCGUUCAAGGGAGCUCAUUUGUGUAUCUGGCACCAGCAUUAGUUAUCAUGAAUGCUGAAGAGUUUCGAAGUCUUACAGAACAUAAAUUUAGGCACAUAAUGAGGGAACUCCAAGGAGCUAUAAUUGUUGGUUCAAUAUUCCAAUUCAUCCUGGGGUUUAGUGGUUUAAUGUCUAUUCUUCUCAGGAUAAUCAAUCCCAUUGUGGUGGCUCCAACUGUUGCUGCUGUAGGUUUAGCGUUCUUCAGCUAUGGUUUUCCAGAAGCUGGCACUUGCUUGGAAAUUAGCAUUCCACAGAUAGCAUUGGUUAUAAUGUUCUCACUGCAUCUUCGAGGAAUAUCUAUCUUUGGACACCACAUAUUUCGAAUUUAUGCUGUUCCCCUGAGUGUUACAAUAAUUUGGAUAUAUGCAUCAUUUUUAACCGCUGGGGGAGCAUACAACUACAAAGGGUGCAAUCCCAACAUUCCAAGCUCAAACAGUCUGAAUGAUUCAUGCAGAAAGCAUGCAGAUACUAUGAAGCAUUGCAGGACGGAUAUAUCAAAUGCAUUGUCAACUUCUGCAUGGCUCAGAAUCCCCUACCCUCUACAAUGGGGCCUUCCUGUUUUCCAUCUUAGGACUUGCAUAAUCAUGGCCAUAGUGUCACUUGUUGCUUCUGUUGAUUCAGUUGGGACUUAUCACAUGUUAUCUGUGAGAGCUAAUUUGAAGCCUCCAAGUUCAGGAAUUGUGAGUAGAGGAAUAGCAUUGGAGGGCUUGUGUAGUAUAUUGGCUGGUCUUUGGGGUUCAGGUACUGGCUCAACAACUCUCACAGAAAAUGUGCACACAAUUGAAACCACUAAGGUGGCGAGUAGGAGGGUAGUUGAACUUGGAGCAGCAUUCCUGAUCCUCUUCUCAUUUAUGGGAAAAGUAGGUGCCCUUCUUGCUUCCAUUCCACAGGCUUUGGCUGCUUCUGUACUGUGUUUUAUGUGGGCUCUUGUUGCAGCAUUGGGUCUGUCAAACUUACAGUAUGGUCAGUCAGGAAGCUUUAGGAACAUGGCAAUAGUUGGCAUUUCAUUGUUCCUUGGUCUGUCCAUCCCUUACUAUUUUCAGCAAUAUCAGCCUCAAGCCACUCUCAUACUUCCCGGUUAUCUAGUCCCUUAUGGUGCUGCAUCUGAUGGACCAUUUCAUUCAGGCAUCAAACAACUUGAUUUUGCAAUCAAUGCUCUAAUGUCAUUAAACAUGGUGAUCACACUGUUAGUGGCAUUCACUCUGGACAACACAGUCCCAGGAAGUGCACAAGAAAGAGGGGUGUACACAUGGUCACAAACACAAGACAUUGCCACUGAUCCCUCACUCAAAUCUGCAUAUUCUCUGCCAAAGAAAGUUGCUCGGUGCUUGUGUUGGGCUAAAUGUUUAGGAGGAAUCUGAAUACUAGUUUUUUUCUGAUUCAUCUGUCUAUUAGGUUUUGUGGGAGAAAAACUGAAACAGUAGGUCAUGGCUUGGCACAUAGAAGAUAUUGCAGUUCAUGGAGAAUAAAGAUAUGACACACAUGGAUUUAGCUACAUUUCACUAGAUAGGAACUGGCUUAACUCUAAUUUUGAAUGUAAAAUCACACAGAUACUUUCAAAUACAUAUAGGUCAAAUUGUUAGGUGGAUAUAACAAAAGAAGAAAUUCAUUGUACUUGUACAUUUAUAACUUUUUUUUUGGGACAAAUUAAUAAUUCAAUUUUGUAAUUU